CGUGUCUGCUUCACAAAAUACAUCCGCACUCGACAACAAUGGACGCUGUAAAGAGCUGUCUGUUUCUUUCGCUGUUGGUGACAGCUGCCGCACAACUAUGGAUACCUAAGGACGAACCAGGAUUUGUUUACAAGGGAAGCAAUGCAGACGCCCCGGUAAAGAUGGACGUGUUCCUGAAUCUGCUGUGUUCAGACAGCAGAAUUAUUUACGAACCCUUGCUUCAGCUCGCCGACCAUUACGGCCAGAACUCCGUGCAGCUCCGCGUGCACAUGUUCCCACUACCAUAUUUCACCUACUCGUUUUAUGCUGGAAAGGGCGCAUUUGUGUUUGAGCAUCUGACAGGGCGAAGUCCGUUUGACUGGUUCUCAGCUGUGUUUGAGCGGAAAGACAACUUUGUAAACAGCGCGACAAUCAACGAAACAACAGCUGACGUCAUAAGCAAGUUUGCCGACAUAGCAUCCUCGAUGGGGAUGGAGAGGGGGGUAUUCUCCCAGCUGAUGCUGACGUACAACACACAGGAGAAGGACGCACGUGUUGCGUGGAAGUACGGUGCUUCACGCGGCAUCCAUUCCACGCCCAUGGUACUUGUCAACCGUGUACUUGUCCAGGUGAGUCGCCCGGAGUCCCUUGCAUUGGAAGACUGGCGGGCAAUUGUGGACCAGUUAUUGUAGUGGGUUAUGUUUGCUGUGUGAGGCAAUAAAUAUAUUUGUCACUG